CACACACACACACACACAAACACACAUACGCACACAUACUUCUAGCACGCUGUCACUAUACACAGUCCAUUAAGAAGCCUGGCCAAAGACUAAUCAGCUAUUCAAUCACUGUGAGACACCCAGACCACAAAUAAAGGCACUGCGAGGAAAGAGAAAUGUCAAAACCCAGGCCUGUAGUGCUGAGCGGCCCCUCGGGAGCAGGGAAGAGCACCCUGAUGAAGAGGCUGCUGCAGGACCAUGAGGGCGUCUUUGGAUUCAGUGUGUCACACACAACAAGAAACCCUCGACCAGGAGAAGAAGAUGGCAAAGGGCUGAACAAGCUCCCCAUGCUUCUGGGGGCUACGUUACUGCCCGUAGCAGACGUCUUAUCCUCUGAAGAGAUAGAUAUGUCAACCUCAUUUUCGUGUCCUAUCGAAUCAGAAACCACAGAUAAAGACUACCACUUCACAACCAGAGAGGCUAUGCAGGAGGGCAUCGACCAAGGAGAGUUCAUUGAAAACGCAGAGUUUUCUGGCAACAUGUAUGGAACAAGCAAGUCUGCAGUAGAAGAUGUGCUGGCCAAGAACCUCAUCUGCAUCCUAGAUGUGGACAUCCAGGGUGUGAAGAAUAUUAAAAAGACUGACCUGAACCCCAUCUACAUCUCUAUUCAGCCCCCGUCCAUGGAGAUCCUGGAAAAACGUCUGAGGGACAGGCAGACAGAGACGGAAGAAAGUCUACAGAAACGGCUGGAGGCGGCCCGCAUUGACAUGGAGCUCAGUAGUGAGCCGGGAGUGUUUGAUGUUGUUAUCAUCAAUGAUGAUUUAGAAAAGGCCUACCAGGAGCUGAAAGAUGUCCUUAAUGAGGAAAUCACAAAAGUCCAGGAGGCCAAGUCAUAAGAGGUGAACGGCAGCACAGCUGAUUCUCUUGCUAGGUCCCUUCCAGGAGAACCAACGCCUUUGACUCUGGCCUGAAUGACUCCAUCUUCACAGAAUAUGAAUACACAGCAAUACACAAAAAAUCUUUUCUUAUCCUCUCAGUAAUAUGGUCAGAGGUUUUGGUCAGUACAAUCACAUAUUCAAACAUACGCUGCUGAGAUGGAACAGAGGGUCUGGGAAUCUUAGGCUUAUUUUCUUUGACAGAGAAAAUGAAGGCACAUGAUAGAUGUAGUACAAUCAAAUGGUCAAUAUCUAGGACUGAAAACCUCCUGGCUCAGCUGCCACGGAGAGAAACACCAGGAACCACUGCCAAAACAAUCAAUGUUAUAUUACGUCUUUAUAAUCAAAAGGUCUGUGUUACACAGUCGAGCUGUGUGCACUGUGAGCACAUGUUGACAUCAGCUGUCAUGCAUGAUGCAUAAAGCUCAUAAAACUGCAUUACCUGUGACACUUUUAUCACACUUUUGCUCAUUUGUCCUGUUAUUCAUUUCUGACAUAGUAGCAGUUAAUUCACACAUAGCCGAGUGUAAUGUUGGAUGUUAUACUACCUGAAAAAAUAUUUGCAGAUGAUUAUGAUAUGUAUUUGACGAGGGGAGACUCAAGCUCACAUGCUGCAAAUUAUCCACACAUGCGGGAAAUCUGUGCAUGUGAGAUCACACCCAUGUGCUCGUUGCACCUACAGGAUUUGCAUGUAUGUUUGUGUGUUUGUAUGCAAAUGAGGCUGAAUAAAUGCUAUGGGGACAAA